UUUAAAUUCAGACUGUCAGAGAUUAGGGUAAGUGAACGUGCAUUAUUUCGAGCACAGAUCUGGAUCCUCUCAAAGAGCACCAGACCCAACUCCUCCCCCACAAAACACACACACACUCUCUUACUCACCGCCGCUUCUAUUAGGUGUAAUAUUUUCAAAGGAGAGAGAAAGAGAUAGAAAGCGAGUCCAAAGAAAGAGAAGAAGAUCUAAAAGGAGGGAGAGAGCUUUCAGGUUCACUGCCCACUUUGCGCAGAACCUAAAAAACAUAAGCGGCGGGAGCGAAGCAAGCAAAUUAAUGGUUCCUCGGCUCCUGCUGCUGUUAGCUAGCCUCUGUAGCCGGUCUGAAACGAAGGCGGUGGUUUGGCUUUUGUAGUAAGUUUGACUCUUGUUAUUAUUGUUAUGUUUGACGGGAAAGAGAAUAGUAACAAGGAUAAGCAAGGAGAAGACCUUCUUUCAUGGGAAUAAGAGAAAGAUGAACACUUUGCUACUAUUCAUCACAAGUUGUUAGGUAGUGUUUGUGUGUGGUUGAGAAGGAAGGUUUACUUGUACAGACAGAGAGAGAACACUUAACUUUCACAGACCAAAGGAACAAAAAAAAACUAACUUGGCGGUUGGUUGGUUUGGUGUGUGAAAUUGUAGUACCAACCUUUUUUUUCAACCAUGGAUGGUUAUGAAGCAACAAGAAUUGUCUUCUCAAGAAUCCAAAACUUGGACCCUGAAAAUGCAUCCAAGAUCAUGGGUCUACUACUUAUUCAAGACCAUGGUGAAAAGGAAAUGAUUAGGUUAGCAUUUGGUCCAGAAGCUCUUGUCCACUCGGUAAUUCUCAAAGCCCGGAAAGACCUGGGACUGACCUCGAACUCUCCGUCCGCCCCUUCUACUCCAUCAUCUCCAUCCCCUUUCCUCUCAAGCAACCCACUUUGUGUCUCCAGACAGAGUUCCUCUCCUACCAGGCUGCGUGGUGGGAUUAAUCUUCCUCCUCCUUUAAUUAUUCCAAACACUUCUUCUGUUAAUUCAGCUCCUUGGGUCACUUUGUCUGAGCUUCAAAACGCAGAUGAUUUGAUUAGUCCCAUCAAUUUAGCCCUCGGGUCGUCCUCUUCCUCUUCGAUGAACACGUCUACUUGCUCUUUACCCUUCUAUGGAAGUGGAGCUGCCGAUAUGAUUGAUGACUUUCACCUUCAAGACCAGCUUUCUUUCCUCAACGAUGGCUCCUCAACUCUAGGCCCCAAAAACCAAGACUUGUUUUACCCUCAGUCAGACUUAUCCUCCAGUCCAACUGGUGCUGGUGGCGACCCUAUGCUUCUUCCUUCAUAUGGUAGUUGGGGAGGAUCUGUACACCGCAGAAGCUUCUCGGUUAGUGAUGUCUGCUUGGGCUCUGAAGACCCCAAUUCCGGGUUUGGCUGGAAACCUUGUCUAUAUUUCGCUAGAGGGUUCUGCAAGAAUGGCACUAGCUGCAGGUUCCUACACGGAGGGCCUGGAGAUUCAGCGGAUGGUUCUGCAAUGGUAGGUUCACCAAGCAAGAUCGACAUGAUGGAUGAGUGCCAUCAAAUUCUCAGAUCUAAAUCUGCUCGGCAACAAAGAUUGGCUGCAGCCUCUCAGCUCAUGGCCUCAGCUUCUUUUCCUUACUCUCCGAAAUGCAUGAGUAUGCUUCUACAGCAGCAGCAAAAUGAUACUAAUAGGGCGGCAGCGGCUCUGAUGAUGGGUGAAGAUACGCACAAGUUUGGGCGAUCCAGGCUCGAAAGAAACGAUUUUUCAAUUAAUGGUGGGGUUGGAAUGGUUAACCCGGCAGCGAGGCAGAUUUACUUGACUUUCCCUGCUGAUAGCACUUUCCGAGAGGAAGAUGUCUCAAAUUAUUUCAGCUGUUAUGGGCCGGUGCAAGAUGUGAGAAUCCCUUACCAGCAGAAGAGAAUGUUUGGAUUUGUUACUUUUGUUUACCCGGAGACUGUGAAGCUCAUUCUUGCCAAAGGGAAUCCCCAUUUUGUUUGUGAUGCUCGUGUGCUCGUUAAGCCCUACAAGGAGAAAGGCAAAGCCACGGACAAUUGCAGGAAACCACUGCAGCAACAAGUGGAGAGGGGAGAGUUCUCACCAUCGGGAACUCCUACUGGAGUUGAUACCAGAGAUCCGUAUGAUCUUCGGCUCGGAGCGAGAAUGUUUUACACUGCACAAGACAUGCUGUGGAGGAGGAACUUAGAGGAGCAAGCUGAUUUGCAGCAAGCCCUUGAACUUCAAAGUAGGAGGUUAAUGGGUUUGCAGCUUCUUGACAUCAAGAAGCAUAACCACCACCCUGCGCUCUCCACUGGCAGCCCUGUUCCAUCCCCAACUCGUUCUCCCAAUCUGUAUAAUAAAAAAUCUAUUUUUCCUUCAUUCAACUGCAGCCAAGAAGUCUUAGAAGAGAAUUCCUCUAGUGAUACGUCAGCGGUUUCUGCUGGUGUUUGUGCUGAUCAGUCGCAGCUUAUGGCAUUCACCACUGUUGCAGGCAAAGAAUCGACUGACAGCGGUGAGAAUGCCAAUAGAGUUGGCACUGGGAAGCAAAGCCCCCCUCGUGAGGAGAGGGAUUUGCAAGAAUGUUUGGAGCACAACCUCCCCGAUAACCCAUUUGCAUCUCCAACUAAAGCGGCUGCGGACUUCAUGUAUGCCUUUGCCAAUGGGUCUAACGAGGCCAAUGACCCAGAUGCCUCAGCAGCUGCAUCUACUAACAAAUUGGCUACUUCUUCAGUACUCCCAUCUACAUUGGACAUUGCAGCCUUAAAAUCUUUCAACUGUCAAUUGCCAAGGUUCUCCUCUGGCCAUGGAGCCAUUGGGAUGUAUGCUGGCACGGGUGGACCUAUUGGAAUUUAGCUUCCUAAUGCUAAGGAAGAUCGAGAAGCAUAACCAAACAAACUCCACCGUAUCAAACAAAGUCUGUAGAGGGUCAACAUCACCUGCACUCACCGCCAUCAUCAUCAUCAACAUCAUCAAUACUAUUAUACUACUUACUACCAUACAAAAUGCAUACGUAAAAAGGCAGUGAAGGAAGUGGGUCAUCCAUUCCUUUCUUUGUUGUACUAUUUUCAUCUCUCAUUUCUGUAGUUGAAACUGAACCACAGGUAAAAAGAAGAAGAAAGAAACAUAGAAAGAAUCAUCACACUGUCCAUGUGUAGUAGUAGCUUCUGGCACUGUAAUUUCUCUUCCUUUCCAUUGUUUCCCCAGAAGAAACAAGAGCCCAAAUCUAGUCUUGGUCUCAUAGUCUGUUGUAAUCAAACAUUUGUACAGCUGAAGCAAAGAGCCACAGAGAAGAAAAGUGGAGAGGAAAAGCAGAAUAUAACUACAAACCUCAUUGGUGGCGCCAUAAAGGGUAAAUUAGAGUUUGAAAGGGCUGUAGAAAAUGACUGAAAGGUAAACAGUCAAAGCCCGGUAAUAUGCACAGCUGGAAGUGCGUUUCUCUCAUCUGUAGUAUUAGUUGUUAUACACAAUAUCAACUCCUAAAGUUGCCACAGAGAGAGAGAGAGAGAGAGAGAGAUUUGGAGAGAAAACCAGAAAGAAAAAGUGAGUUUUUUUUAGCCUAAUUGGUCCACUCCAUCUCUCUGGCUCUAUAAUUUCAUUGUUUCAAGAAGAAUUUUGUCUCUUUGUUAA